AUGCAAUUCUCUCCCAUUCUAAUCGCCCUCUUCGCAGGCAUUGCCAUUGCAGGCCCUGUAGUUAUCGAACCUCGCCAGGGCAUAACUGACAAUGCACAGUGUAUCUUAUGCCGCAAGGACUGCUUUUACGGGAGAGGAAACAAUCAAGCCUACAAGGGUUGUUUAAAUACAUGCAACAGGGACCUUGGGUGCAAGCUUACACCUUAA